AGUUAUAAUAUGGGCUAAAACCCCUUCCUCCGACUCAACAAAUUAACGUGUUAGCAUUUCAAUUCAUUCAAGCAUAUCAUCGAACAUUAAUCGAAGAAAUUACACAGCAAAGAAAGGGGUAAGAGAAGAAAUGGCGAACGACGAAGAAGAUUUCGUGUUCUAUGGAACACCCAUCGGAAGAGAAGAAGAAUUCACCAGCCGCAAGAAGAAGGCGGUGGCGGAGGCUUCCGGUCAGCUCAGAACCGCUCUUCCUCCGUGGAAACAAGAGGUGACAGAUGAAGAGGGGAGGAGGAGGUUCCAUGGAGCAUUUACUGGUGGAUAUUCUGCUGGUUACUACAAUACUGUUGGCUCCAAAGAAGGAUGGACUCCACAAUCAUUUACGUCAUCUCGGAAGAGUAGGGCUGAAGUCACAAAGCAGAACAUUUUUAACUUCCUGGAUGAGGAUGAGAAAGCUGAUUUGGAAGGUCGCUCCUUGGGGUCAUCAAUGCAGUUCGACACAUUUGGGUUUACAGCAGCUGAGCUUGCUCGGAAAGAGGCUGAUAAGGACCAACAGCAAAGGCCUUCAGCAAUUCCUGGACCUGUUCCUGAUGAACUAGUAGUUCCAGCAACAGAAUCUAUAGGUAUCAAACUCUUGAUUAAGAUGGGAUGGCGGCCAGGACGGUCCAUAAAGGAUUCUAACAGGAAUUCACUUGAUGUUGCUCGUAGAGAAGCUAGGAAAGCUUUUCUGGCACUCUCAAGUGAUGCAGGACCAAACACUGCACGCUCGAAGCUGACUGAAGAGGACACUGGAAAGGAUCUGGAUUUACCAGCCAACGAUGAUGACCGGUUCUAUAAAACCGUACCGGCAUAUGUAGUCGACCCCAAGCAAGAUUUGUAUGGUUUAGGCUACGAUCCUUUCAAGCAAGCUCCGGAGUUUAGGGAAAAGAAAAGACAAAGAAUGUCUGGAAAGGGGAAUAUGGAACCUUUUAGGUCACUUACUUCAAAAGGAAAGAUAGGCCCAGGUUUCGGCAUUGGAGCUCUUGAAGACUUAGAUGCUGAAGAUGAAGAUAUAUAUGACACUGGUAUUGAUGUUCAAGAUACUUAUGUACAAGAAAUUGAAGAACCUUCGGUAGCAAAGGUGGAUACUUUGCGGAUAUUAGACAAAAAGAAAGAUGAUGUUCUGCCUGGGUUUAAAGCUGCAUCAAAAUCCGAGCACCAACUAGAGAGAUUUAAUCCUCCCUCAAUUCCAGAGGAUUUCGUUCCCCAUCAUAAGUUUCCUGUUUCUGCUGAUAAUGACGGCAAGAAUGCUGAAAUCCCUCCCACCGAGAUCCCUCCGCCAGAAGAUCACAAUCUUAAGGUCUUGAUUGAAGGGGUUGCAACUUUAGUAGCUCGCUGCGGCAAAUUGUUUGAGGAUCUCUCCAAGGAGAAGAAUCAGGUUAACCCACUAUUUGCCUUCCUUAGUGGUGGAACUGGAUCUGAUUAUUAUGCAAGGAAGCUCUGGGAAGAGCGCCAAAAGCGUGGCGAACAACACAAACUAUGGGAAGAGAAGAAGCCGAAUAAUUCAGAAAAGCUGACUGCUGAAAGACGUGGAGCAAUUCUAGGAGAAAAAGCACUCGAGAGAAAUUCAAGAGAUUCAAGCUCUAUGGUGGCUUCUUCUGCAUCUGUAAAUGUUCAAAUAAAACUAUCAGAUACAUUCACCAAACCUUCAUCCGCGAAUGAACAAGCAGAUGUCAGAAAACCUUUCCAAUAUGACCCAGCGAAACAGAUCAGAUUUGAACAAUUCUUGAAGGAAAAAUUCGAAGGAGGUCUUCGAACUAAAGACUCUGGUGGUUCCAGUGAUAUGUCUGAAGCUGUUCGUGCUCGUGAAAGAUUAGAAUUUGAAGAAGCUGCAGCUGUGGUGCAGAAAGCAAAAUUAGGUAACGAAAGGCAGGUGAGCAGUCAGUUGCUUAAGGACCUGUCAGCUGUUUCAGGAUUACAGUUCACUGCUGGUGGAGUAGAGAAACAUACAUCUUCCCUUGAAGAUGAAUUGAUAGCUAAAGCAAUGUAUCCGAAGCGGGAAGAGUUUCAGUGGCGACCUGCACCUAUCUUAUGCAAGCGUUUUGAUUUGAUUGAUCCUUACAUGGGCAAGCCACCUCCUGCUCAACGCGUGAAGAGCAAAAUGGACUCUUUGAUUUUCAUGCCGGAUUCCAUCAGAGCUGCAGAUGUCCAAGAACAAGUUCCUGGGGAGCGCAGAUCAUCUUCACAACCUCAGGGGCACAGCAGAAAGAAAGAAAAUGAAGCAAUCGAGAAGGAAGCUGAGAAUGAGGUGGAAGUCGAAAAUGUUGAGAGGCCCGUUGAUCUCUACAAAGCCAUUUUUUCGGAUGACUCAGAUGAUGAAGAAGAAAACAGCACAUCCAAUCAAGCAGCAGAUACAGAAAAGAAGAUAGAAGCUGCAAAUACGACUCUUAAUCGUCUAAUGGCUGGGGACUUCUUAGAAACGCUAGGGAAAGAACUAGGUUUAUUGGUCCCUCCUGAGAUGCCACCCCCGGAAAAUAAAGCUGGCAAAAGAGUCGCUACCGAUGCAGAUGAGAGAUACGAGAGCCCUCUUCCGGCUAAAAUUACAAUGCCAGUUGAUCAAAGGGCAGGCCAAAGUUCCAAAAAUGGAGCAAGCACACAUGACUCAGAUGGUAAAGAAACUAAAUCCGGCAAGGUCCGUGGAGAAGAUGCGUAUCUGAGCAGUGGCAAAGCUAGUUCUUCAGAAGACGAGAGGAGCAAAAAGCACUCAAGGAGCCACAGGCAUAAGAGAAGGAGAAGCAGGAGUUCAGAUACUGACUCAUCGGAUGACUCUGACGUUCGAGGACACCACUCAAGGUCGAGGACAGAUGACAAGGAAACCUCUAGAGGGAAGAGCAGCAGCAGAAGGCACUCGAAGCACGGUAAACAUAAAAGGAAGGACUCUCCCCCCAGCCGAUCCCAUCGAGCCUCUGAGCACGAAGAAAGAAACAAAAGAAAGAAGAAACGUUAGGAAGAAUGAGGUAUACACACUUAAUUGAAUCAGCAUCACAUCAACUAGGCUAUCUGGAUUCUUGGAUUAUGGGGAUGGAUUACUUGACACCGAAUCAUCUUCGAUUCUUGGAUUAUGGGGUUGGAUUGCUCGACACCGAAUCAUGUUCUAGGUCUCAUGAAUGGGGUUUCGCCUCUCGAAAGCUCGGUUUUUGUGUUUUGUUGUAGAGCUAAAGCCACCGGGCUCCAAAUGACGUUUGUUAGAAUGGAUAACGAUCACGCAAGCUUGCCCUAAAUUUUUGGAUGCACAUCGCUCGCUGAUGGAUAUUUUUUAAAAUUCGUGUCAUUGUUACAACUUUCAUGAAAGUUUAUGUCAUUUUUUUGUAUUUUCUAAGGUUUGGUAUAUUUACAAUAUAAAAAUUCGAGCUAUUUUUUUGUAAUUUUUAAAAUUCAGAAUAAUUUGCAAAUGUCUCCAAAGUUCGGAUUGUAUAAUACAAUUAACCCUAUUAUGAACUUAUAUUUGCACUUA